AUGAUCUAUGGUCCAGCUCCACAGCUAAUAUUGAAACAUCCAAGAGUGUUUCUGUGCUUUGAAUACGCCCACACAGCAGCAGGAAGCAACGAGAGGGCCGGGGGGACAACAGAGAGGCCCAGGGAGACCACGGGCUGGACUGGGGGGGUCUACAGGGAGGACCAGGGAGAGCAUGAGCUGGACUGGAGGGACUACAGGGAGACCACAAGCUGGACUGGGAGGACUACAGGGAGGUCCAGGGCGAGCACGUGCUGGACUGGGAGGACUAAAGGAAGGACCAGGGAGAGCACAAGCUGGACUGGGGGGUUCUACAGGGAGGACCAGGGAGAGCACGGGCUGGACUGGGAGGACUACAGGAAGGACCAGGGAGAGCACAAGCUGGACUGA